AGGAAAAAACAUUGACGCAGUUUGUCCUAUGUAAAUUUGGAUAAUAGUCAACUCUAACGGACUUUGGAAGUGGCUGUUCAUAUGGUCGGCUUUGUCAUCCAUCGUCAUUGCUAAGACAACUCCAGCGUCCCAGAAGAUCAGGGCUGGCAUGCAGAAAACCCUACUGUAACCUUCACUACCGGGAGAUCCAGAUGGUUUGACGCUGUUAUUUUAGAGACAACGUUGCUCUGGAUGCAGUGUGUGGGUCGUGCAGCGACUAAUCCCGCUUCCCUAAAUUAGUUCAUAUUAUUGAAUGUAAGCAAAUGCGACGAGUACUAUGCAACACAUAACCUUAUCCGAUGAGCAUGGUCUCAAUUUUUAUGACCGCAGAACAACGUUUAUUUUAGAUAGGGGCGUCAUAUACUGGUAGUUUUUUUUUUUAGGUUUUCGUUUUUCUUUUUCUCUUUUAGCUAUGGCGAAAUACUUUUUAAAUACGUUUGUGCGGCUGUGCAAUUACCUCCAAGAACCCUGUCAUGUCGCAAGAUUUCAAAAUAUCUGCGGCAUCAAGGGGACCUUCCCGGAUAAACCAACCAAGGCGGACAACCAACUUUCAGCGAGCGGCGCCGCGAAGGGCUACCCCUCUCUGAGGAACAGAGCCGAGGCGUGGCAGAGUGGAGAAGACGCGAACUCGGGUCGUCUUGGAAAUGGGGAGUCCGUACCGGAGACGUCCGCAGCUGGGGAUUUCGCCUCAACGCAGGUCAACAGGGUCCAGAGUGGCGACGGCAGCGGUGGCUCUGCCGGGCCCGCCGGCGCCGUCAAUUCAAUUAACGCCAGGGCGAAACCCCUUCGUAGGAACUCGCUGACCGGGGACGCGGGCCAGGAGUUCAUCGUACAGAACAAGUUUCUGUUUUACCUGUUCACGUUUGGGACGGAGCUCGGCAAUGAGAUGUUUUUCAUUGUGUUUUUCCCGUUCCUCUUUUGGAACGUGGACGCUCUGAUCAGUCGGAGACUGAUCGUGGUCUGGGCCUGGAAUCUGUUUGUGGGACAGUCCACCAAGGAUGUGGUGCGCUGGUCACGGCCGGCAUCUCCACCUGUGGUGAAGGUGGAGGUGUUUUACAAUUCUGAAUACAGCAUGCCAUCAACACACGCCAUGACGGGAACCGCUAUUCCCUUCUGUCUCUUCCUCCUGUCAUAUGGACGAUGGCAGUACCCGUUUGUUCUUGGCUUUAGCGUGGCUCUCUGCUGGAGUGUCCUGGUCUGUGUAAGCAGAGUCUACAUGGGCAUGCACUCUAUUCUGGAGGUAAUUACAGGGUUCCUGUACAGCCUUCUCGUCCUAGCCUUCUUCCACCAUGCUUUGGACAAGAUAGACACUUUCUACAUGAUUAACCCCUACGCUCCACUUGUCAUUGUGCUGUCACACGUAAGCCUCGGUCUGGUGGCCUUCUCUCUGGAUUCCUGGAGCACCUCGCGGGGAGACACAGCUCAGGCCCUGGGCACUGGUGUUGGGGCUGCAUUGGCUACCCAUGUUAACCAUCAGCUGGGGCUGCUGGUUGAUCCACCACUGUCAAUGCUGCCUCUAACUUUACCACUCAUGAGCAUGACCUUGGUGAUGCACUCCCUGCUGCGCUUCCUCAUUGGAGUAGCUGUCCUCCUCAUCACAAGGAUGGUGAUGAAGGCAAUCACUAUUCCAUUUUUGUGUCAAGUUUUUGGGUUGCCCUCAAGUGAUGUAAGACAAGCAAGGCAGCACAUGAAAAUAGAGCUGCCAUACCGUUACAUUGUCUACAGUGUUGUGGGUUUCAAUUGUGUCUUUCUGGUUCCACUCCUAUUCAGCAUCUUAAACCUUGCCUAAGUGUUGUUUUGCAAAUUCAGUAUAUACAACUGAAAGAGUCCUCUUUACAUGAUGAAGCCCCCCCCCCCCAAUAAAAAGAAAAAACUAACCUGGAUAACUCUGCAGAUUUUUUGAGACAACUGUCUGGUUUCUCCAUAACAAAAACUCAAUUAAGAUUAACUAACAUUCAUAGCUGAAAUAGCAGCACGGUUCAUUAACCAGCAUGAAGCUCAGCGGAACCGUAGUUAAUGGAUCUGUGAAAUAUACUGUAACAAUGUUUGUAUUUAAUAAACAACACAACAAAUUCUA